CGUUGUCAUGGCCGGCUCUCAUGUAUAUUUAAAAAUAAUUUGAAAAGGGGUAAUUGUUAAAAGCCAGAGUUCAUAUUCUUGUGCAUUCUGAAUGAACUGUUUUUUGGUCGAUGGAGGAAACRGAGGUGGAAGAAGACCAAACACAAGGGGUGAUAAAAACCAUUGCGUCUCCCACAGUUUUGGCCGCCAUUUUGGACGAGUCGAACCAAGAUAAACAAACGAUUGAUGUCAAUUYACACGAAGAGAAAUGUUCACGAACAAGUUCUCCAGAUAAAUUACMGUCUUUGGAGAUGGCUGAAGGCCAAAMGGAUCCAAACAUGGAUGAUUCGUUUAUCGCAGACUCUCUGGAGUACGAUGACAUGACACAUGCCAGCUUUGACGAAAAACAGUUUCAAGAAAUGAGUCGAUCAGUCAAUGAUUCUGAUGAACAUUCGUCUUUAGUUGAGAACCCAUUACAUGAAGACACGCCAAAAGCAUCCGUUGGAUCUAAACCACUUAACAAAUCUGUUAAGGACAAGCAAACUUCUAAACAAAAGCCAAAAGAAACAAACUUUAUUGAUUUAAACAAGGGAAAAUUGAAUAGAACUACUGGAAAAAACAGUUAUGCGGCUAUGUACUCUCAAAAAUUAAAACAAAAAAAUACGAAAAUUAAAGAUGGUGUUAGUGACGGUGCGGGUAAAGAGAAAUCUAAAUUACCGAAAAGUGAAAGACAAUCGAGUGUMAAUAGUUAUCUUUCAUCUACAACGUCAAAUAACUAUUCUUCUGUUCAAGAAAGGAAUUCAUCUCUUUCUGGCAUUAAUCCACCUUAUGAAAAGAGUUCUUACUACAAUGUUGAUCCUUCAUAUUUACAAAAUCCAUUAAACAAUAAUUAUUAUCCUUCAUCAAGUGUAAACCAGCCUGCAAUUAUUGGCUACAAUGAUUAUUUUAGUCAACCUUAUCAUGUUCCAUAUAAGGACUUUGGGCUGAGGUACAGUAAUUUUGGUCAUCAGUCAUACAUGACAGCUAGUGCUGUUGGAGUUCCAAGACCUGCAGACAACGUGAACCAAAUACAAGGACACUUGUCUCAGUCGGCUCCUCCAGCGGCUCCAGGRAGGCAAUCUCUUCUCGAUCAAGUUGAGUUUUUCCCAGAACAAGAACAUUUGUUAUCACAAUCUUUGACAAAUUCACAAUUCAUUAAUCCAAUGCAGUUGUACCACACACCUUCUGUUUUAGAGAAACGGUUUGUGUCUGAGCCUCACCUAUCAUCAAUGCACUAUAUUGCUGAAAAAGGUAUUGACAAUGGCAACAAUGUGAAUACUUCUUUGCGGAAAACACAAGAUUAUAAACCCUAUACUCUUAAAGAUUACAAACAAUUUCAAAAUGACCAGCCUGAUCGGUAUGGUGGCUUAGGCCCUGAAACUGAAACAGAAGAAUACAAAGAAAAGGUGUCGAAGUUGAACAAGCAACGAGAGUAUGCUGAGAUGUUACGCAUUGACCACGCUGCCAAAAAGAAGAACUGGUCCAAAAAACCUGCAGUUGCAGCACCACCUGCUCGACAGCAACAAGCUGAAGCUAAACGACAAGCUGCCAUAAAUUAUGCAAAGUCAGUGCCAAAACCAAAGGUCAUUGACCAAAGCCAACGAAAGGAACCCAGUCAAGUUAAACCUCUUGACAAAGAAGGUGAUGUUCCCCUGAUUGAAUUACUACGCAUGAGACACAUACAAGAGAAGCGCCAAGUUGAAGCCAUGAAAAGAGAAUUGAUAUCAAAAACUCAAUGAAGUUAUAAAAGAAUUUAAGGUAUUGWUGAAAUUGUCACUCUGUUGGGCUCCCUUUGCUGCUACUGAAUUGGGCUUCCUKUGUCGUGAAAGAGACACAGGGUACCCAACAGAGUGGUGAAGGGAUUGGGCCAGCAACUGGAAUAGCUAUUUAUGGACUGGAAGCCCUAAAAUGUAGUGUAAAAAAACGUAUAUAGGCAUAUAUGCUUAUAUGUUUUGAAAAGGCCUGAUGUUUCACACAAUCAUGUAAAAAGCGAGAGAAAUAUCACACAAAUAGAUAUUCGACUUUUAAGUUAAAAAAAGUCUCUUGUCACACAGUUUGUGACAAUAAAAAUAAUUAGUCAUUCAAAUAUCACUGUAAAUACGUGAAUAUGUACUUUCAGUUAUAUCCUUAAAGAUUGAUAAUAUGAACUUUUACAAAUUCUUUUUAUUUGUUUUAUUACUAUAAUCAAAUAUUUAUUGAUAACAAAUAUCGCCUAUAAACUAAGGUGCGUUUUACAUUGUAAACAUUUGGCACAUGGUUCAACACUCAGAUUUGCUGGUUUAUAGUCUUCAUCAAUAAACUUUUCAAUUAUCCAUWACA